UGCCCUCACCGAAUCCUGCCUCCUUCCAGACCCGCCAAACGAAAAGAAAGCGAAAAGCCAACCUUUCGCCUCCAUUCUGCACACAGUUGGAGAGCGGUUGGUGGCGAGCGACCCGAAGAUUGGCUUCCAUCGCAGCAUGCUGGACAGGCAGAGACAGCCCCGAGGCCGGGCUACGCAUUCUGGAGAGCAAUCCAUGACCGACAUUUCUGCCUUCCAGGGGGCUUGCGGCCAGGUUUAAGUGCGAGUGAGGGGUGCCAGGGAGGCAGAUCGACCCCCAGACGGCCGGGCAGGCAGCGACAGGUCACCGUCCUGCUGCCUUUCAGGGUAUCUAGACCUGUCCUUGGCCAGAGAAUCUGGGACCAAAAGGCUCCCGGACUCUGGAUGGGGUUGCGGGGACCGCGGGACCGCGAGGAUCCGCACGCCCGGGCCCCCUCCCUCCCUGCGGCGGCGGGGUAGGAAGGGCCAGGAUCCGAGCUUAGCACCUCCCCCAGAAAUGCAGCACUCCAGCCCCCACCGCGCCCUCCGCGCCCCUUCUUCGCGCGCUCCCUCCCGCAGCCUUCCCGCGGACGCCCUUCUGCCCCCAUCUCCAGUCUCCUGAGUUCCUUCGCGCCCCCUUUCUCUUCCCCUUGCCCCCUCCUCACACCCCCUGCCUCCGGCGUUUCCCCUCCCUGUCACCCCACCCCCGCCUGAUUCCUGGGGGCGGGAGCGCAUUGGGCUGCGCAAGGGUGGGGGCGCCGCUCCAGCUUCGCGUAGCUGCUCUGACGCCGCCGCGGCCGCCGCCGCAGCCCAGCCCGCGCCCCGCGGCAGCUCCGCAGUGCACUCGCCGCCGCCGCUCCGCCAGCCCCGCCGCCCGCCCACCAGCCCACCAGCCCACCGGGUCGGCCCUGCGCGAGCCUCCACCGCCAGCCGACAGGGUCAUGAGCCAGAGCGCCCUGGGGCGCCGCGGGGAAAGCCAGCGAAGAUAGCGGCCUCGCGCUCCCCUGGACCUCGCCGCCUCGCCGCGCGCUCCCCGCGUCUCCGGCUCCUUCUGUCCUUUCCGUGGGCCCCGCCGCCGCCAUGGCCACCCUGCUCCGCAGCAAGCUGUCCAACGUGGCCACGACCGUGUCCAACAAGUCUCAGGCCAAGGUGAGCGGCAUGUUCGCCAGGAUGGGUUUUCAGGCGGCCACCGACGAAGAGGCGGUGGGAUUCGCGCACUGCGAUGACCUAGACUUUGAGCACCGCCAGGGUCUGCAGAUGGACAUCCUGAAAACCGAGGGCGAGCCCUGCGGGGACGAGGGCGCCGAACCGCCAGUCGAGGGAGACAUCCAUUACCAGCGCGGCGACGGCGCGCCCCUGCCGCCCUCGGGCUCCAAGGACCAGGCCGUGGGGGCUGGUGGCGAGUUCGGGGGCCACGACAAGCCCAAGAUCACGGCGUGGGAAGCGGGCUGGAACGUGACCAACGCUAUCCAGGGUAUGUUCGUGCUGGGCCUGCCCUACGCCAUCCUGCACGGCGGCUACCUGGGGCUGUUCCUCAUCAUCUUCGCCGCCGUGGUGUGCUGCUACACCGGCAAGAUCCUCAUCGCCUGCCUGUACGAGGAGAACGAGGACGGCGAGGUGGUGCGCGUUCGGGACUCGUACGUGGCCAUCGCCAACGCGUGCUGCGCUCCACGCUUCCCCACGCUGGGCGGCCGCGUGGUGAACGUGGCGCAGAUCAUCGAGCUGGUGAUGACUUGCAUCCUGUACGUGGUGGUGAGCGGCAACCUCAUGUACAACAGCUUCCCGGGGCUGCCCGUGUCGCAGAAGUCCUGGUCCAUCAUCGCCACGGCCAUGCUGCUGCCCUGCGCCUUCCUUAAGAACCUCAAGGCCGUUUCCAAAUUCAGCCUGCUGUGCACCUUGGCCCACUUCGUCAUCAACAUCCUGGUCAUCGCCUACUGCCUGUCGCGGGCGCGCGACUGGGCCUGGGAGAAGGUCAAGUUCUACAUCGACGUCAAGAAGUUUCCCAUCUCCAUCGGCAUCAUCGUGUUCAGCUACACGUCGCAGAUCUUCCUGCCUUCGCUGGAGGGCAACAUGCAGCAGCCCAGCGAGUUCCACUGCAUGAUGAACUGGACACACAUCGCCGCCUGCGUGCUCAAAGGCCUCUUCGCGCUCGUCGCCUACCUCACCUGGGCCGACGAGACCAAGGAGGUCAUCACGGACAACCUGCCCGGCUCCAUCCGCGCAGUGGUCAACAUCUUCCUGGUGGCCAAGGCGCUGCUGUCCUAUCCGCUGCCCUUCUUCGCCGCGGUCGAGGUGCUGGAGAAGUCGCUCUUCCAGGAAGGCAGCCGCGCCUUCUUCCCCGCCUGCUACGGCGGCGACGGCCGCCUCAAAUCGUGGGGGCUGACGCUGCGCUGCGCGCUGGUGGUCUUCACGCUGCUCAUGGCCAUCUACGUGCCGCACUUCGCGCUGCUCAUGGGCCUCACGGGCAGCCUCACGGGCGCCGGCCUCUGCUUCCUGCUGCCCAGCCUUUUCCACCUGCGCCUGCUCUGGCGCAAGCUGUUGUGGCACCAAGUCUUCUUCGACGUCGCCAUCUUCGUCAUCGGCGGCAUCUGCAGCGUGUCCGGCUUCGUGCACUCGCUCGAGGGCCUCAUCGAGGCCUACGGAACCAACGCGGAGGACUAGGGGGCCAGGGCGAGCUCCCGCGCUCCUCCCCCUCCCUGCCGCCCGCCCCCACCAGCCCCGUGCGCCCUGCCGCCGCGCUUGGGAAGCCAGGCUUUAAACAUCUCCGGUUCCUAGUCUCUGAUCAUUGGGGAUGGGGGGUGGGCGGGGAUAGGGCUUCACAACCCAUCGCGUCUGCGUUUCUGUUGUCCUUUCUUUUCCACAACACCCUGGUGUGGGGGGAGGCGGGGGCUCCUUGGUGAGCAGGGUUAUCUGUCUUUCCUGGAGGGCCCCACACGUAGGCCCCUGGCACCCAGGGGUGGGCAGGGAGGGAGAGGGGCAGCAGCUCGCAGGCGCGGAAACUUGACCUUAGCGGGACAUUUCACAUCCAUCCAGUGCUCGGAACCUGCAGCGUGCAGCCAUUUCCAGCAAGAGCGCUUCCCAUUCCGGAGACAUUUCAACCCUGCGGCGGGAAAGGCUGGCCGGGAACCCGCUCCGGGUGGGCGGUUUCCAUCGGAGGAGCGGGAGGCAAGGAGCGGGGCGGGGUUGGCUUGCCUGCGGGUUUCCAGGAACCCAAACUCAUCUUGUGGAACUGUUCUACGUGCGUGUGGUGUGCUCGUGGUGAAUAAGAUGAAAUGUAUAUCAGAAAAAAAAUCUAUCUCUACUUUAGAGUGCGGCGCAUAAUUAUAUCCGCAAAUAAAGAAGAAACAAUGGU